AUGGACCUCGUCGCGGGCCUCGUGGCGACACCCUUUCGGGAAAUCGUCGCCAAGGCCGCCACAGCCGUUCAGAAUGCCGGCGAUGACAAGGACAUGCUCACCGAGGGCCAGAGGCUGGGCCGGGGCGCGGACCGUAUCCUCAAGGCGAUUGAGCCCCUGUGCGAUCGAAUGCUGGCCGACCACGGCGCUGCGUUUAUUGAUGCUCUGAAGGAUAACAACGAUAUUGCAGGCUACCGAUCACGCCUAGAUCUAUUACUGUGGGACUUUGACGAUGUCAUUACGGCCGCAGACUACGACCGCUCAAAGUUCAUCGAGCUGCAGGCCUUGUGCAAGGAGGCUGGUCUGGCCAUUCGCGAGAUACUCAUGCGCAUGAGGCUCGAACCCGCGGCCAAGGACCCCCUUGAACUUGUGUCUCCUGCUUCGACACAUACGGCACAGAUGCCUGGUCGCCAGCCCAGCCUGCCUACGCCAGCGGCAGUCGAGGAGCCCGAACCUAUCCUGGCACCAGUUCCGGCUCCUGUGCCUGACGAACUAGUACUACCAGCGCCAACCACUCCCGAGCCUAAGAUCGAAGAGCCGUCCGUGCCACCGCCGCCUCCGCCGGCCGCCAACCCCUGGGAGCUACGCAUGCCACCCCCUAUCGCCACGGGAGCUGCCGAGGAGUUUUCGCCUGUCGUCGUUGUUGAGCGCCGCCGUCCCGUCUCGGCCAUUGACUCUCCUGUCGAACACAUGUCGCCUGUCGCUUCACCCGCUGUUGUCGAGAACGACCGUGACCGAAGACCCUCCUUUCACACGCCCCGGCGGCUCGAUAUCGGCGUCGACCACAUGAUGCAAGAAUCUACCGACCGCCGCCACCUCACCGUCUCGCCCGACCUCGUUGCCGCCCCAACAGCAGAACAAUCAACAUGUGCCACCGAGAGAUCCUCCUUCUCAGGUCGCGCUCGCUCCUUCACGGGCACCAUUCCGGAAGAGACUGCCGUUGAAGACGCCGAGGCACCCCCCUUUGUUAGCGCCACCAUUCUCCCGAGCCACGUCUACCACCGCUACUCCCACACCAGCAACCAUUCUUCCGAUCACUCGCACCCCUCGCGACAGCGCUCUCAGGAGUCUCUACAUAGCUCUGUCUUGGAGGGCCGCCGUGAUGGCACCACAUCGCCCGCCAUGAUGGAUCACCGCGCGUCCAUCACGUCGAUACAGGCGCCAGAGGAGAACCUCUCGCGUGCGCCGACGAUCCCGGCCAAUUUCCCACCUGGAAUUCACGACGGCAUUGAAGCUGUACCGACGAACCAGAGUGAUUAUUCAGAACUCAUUCCGGUGGAUGCGGCGACCACAGAAGUGGGCGUCGUCUCGAGCCCGCCGCCGCGGGAGCAGGACUGCAGCAUUGGACUUUCGAGCUCGUUUUACCUGUACAAGGGAUUCUGCGAGGGAGCCAAGGAUGUCAUGCGAGGAGGCAUCGGCAUCAAGAAGACGAAGAAGCCUGGGAUCGGCUAUCGCAUUCGGUUCCUGCAAAAGAGCCACAUUGCCACGAAGCGCGCCGACGAGACGCUCUAUGGGUGCGUCUUCUGUGUCGAGGCCCAGGCCACGACGGAACCGAGCGACGCGACGGUCUUCUUCACGCAACGAGCCCUGUUCGAACAUCUCGCGCGCCAUGCGCGACCGCUGCCUCACGUCAAGGGCCUCGCGGUCGUCGACGGCGGGGAGGUUCCGUUUAACCUGAGGAACAACUACGAUCUGCACUUUAAGAUGCCGCCGUCGCGGUCUCCGCUGGCGGGGCAGGAAGACGAGAUUGCGACGCAGGCUACGGGGCGGGCGCGGACGACGGUCAAGAGGAUGUACGGGAUGCGGAUGCUUGGGGACCGCACGCCGGCGUUUGAGCUCGCAGAAGGGGCUCGGGUCGUGGGCAUUGAGUUCCCGGCCAAGUACGAGGGAGAGUGGGCCAUGGGCUGGCACGACGGCGAGUACAAGAGCGUGCCCGUCGACGUGCUGAGGCUCGAGGUGCCGGGGCGGGGGCAGGUGAGGAUGGGAGCGGCGAGCGGUGUCGAGGCUGUGGCCAAGUGGCGGUUUGCGCCGAAGGGCAAGGACGUUGACUGGCUGCGUUUCGACAAGGGCGAGGUCAUUACCAACAUUACCUGGUCCUCCGAAGAGCACUGGUGCUGGUCUGGCAAGAACAACAAGGGCCAGUGGGGGUUGUUCCCGCAGAUCUUUGUCGAUUCGAACACGGUGCGGGAGCUCGGGCAGUCUGAGCGGGCUGGCGACCGAAGGGGCUCCGCCGGGAUGCUCGCGAGGCUGGCGAUGCGCAAGGGAUCGCUUCGGCCGUCAAGCUUGACGGGAUCGUCGCGUGGACUGUACUAG